AUGUCUGUCAGUGCAAGUAACGUGAGAAAUACAAGUACUCAAAGAGCGUUAAUAGUUACUCCAUCAGAAGAAUAUUUGGAUGUAUUUGAAAUGGAUACAAGUAGAGUUAUUAUCUCCGACCCACAUCACAAACAUAUUGAGGUUGAUCAAGUUUAUAUCUCAAAAAGAGUAUUAAAAUCAGUUAUGAAGGACUAUUCAAUUCGUGAAAAUUAUGCGUUGUUGUGUAGAUCAGGUAAUUGUGCUUUUUUAUUUCGUGUAUCUGGUAUCGAUGAAUCUGGAAUGUUUAAUGUCAGAGAAUUUUUACCAGAACAUACUUGUCCGAUCAAAGAUAAUAUCUAUCCUAAAUUGCAUACUACUAGUAAGUUGAUUAGUGGUAUAGUCAAACCAAAAUUUAAAUGCCACAAACGGAAAUACAAUCCAUCUGAAAUCAGAAGUGAUAAGAAGGAAGACAUGGGUAUGGAUUUAACAUAUAUUAUGUGUUGGCGAGCCAAGGAGCAAGCACUUGAAGAGUUAAGAGGGAAACCAGCAGCAUCAUACGGGAAACUUUCUGCAUACAUUCAUGUACCUGUCAUAGUUGUUGAUGCAAGUCAUCUAAGAGGACUGUAUAAUGGAAUUUUCGUAGCUACAUGUACCAUUGAUGGAGCUGGACAUAUAUUUCCUUUGGCCUAUGGAGUUCUUGAUUUCGAAAAUGAUACUUCUUGGACUUGGUUCUUUGAAAAUCUGAAGAAAGCAUAUGGUGAAAGAAGAGAAAUACGUGUAGUUUCUGAUUGUAAUACAAGCAUCAUAAAAGUUGUAAGUGAGGAGUAUAAUGAUGUACCACAUUAUGUUUGUAUGUGGCAUUUAUGGAAAAAUGUGAAAAAAAACUUUAGAAAAUCACAUGAUGCAUUAUCCGAUGUCUUCUAUACAAUUGCAAAAUCAUAUUCAAAGACUGAAUAUCACAGUUUAAUGGAGAAGGUGGAGGCAGUUGAUGUUAGAUUGAAGAGUUACUUGAAUUUGGUGGGAUGCGAUAAGUGGACUAGAUCAUAUGCAUCAGUUCAUAGGGGAUGGACUUUGACAUUAAACAUUGCCGAAUCAAUUAAUGUUGCACUAGUAUCGGCUAGAGAACUACCAAUAUAUGAUUUUCUAGAGGAAGUUAGAUCAAUGUUUGGUAGAUGGAACUAUGAAAACAGACAACAUGCGUUGUAUGCUUUUACAGAUCUUAUUGUUAAGUUUCAAGAAAUUCUUCAACAGAAUGAAGCAGAGAGUACACGUAUGAAGGUUAUACCUGCAUCAGAAUAUAUCUAUAUAGUCCACGACAAGGAGAAAUAUUUUAUUGUUUGUCUUAAGGAAAAGAAAUGUUCUUGCAAUGCAUUUCAGUUGGAUGAGAUACCAAGUGUUCAUGCUUGUGCAGUUCUUGAUAGCAAGAAUUUUAAGAAGGGACCAUAUUGCUCUGAUCUAUACAAGCCAAAAACAGUCUUGAGAACAUAUGAUAUUCCAGUUUAUCCUCUACCACACAAAGAUGACUGGAUAAUUCCAAAUGAAAUUUUGAUUGAGGUAGUUCUGCCCCCAAAAUACAAGCGACCCCCUGGAAGGCCUGCAAAGAAGGAUCGUGGAAAGUUUAGACGAGAUAUGUUUGGAAAGAAAAUUUUUGUUUUUCUUUAUUAA